CGUGCGUGCGACGCACCUGUCGGGCUCCGACUCCUGCAGCUUCUCUUCCAGUUCAGCGGGUCAGGGCUGGUCGGGUCGGGAUCGCAGACCUGCCCGCUCGCCAGCUCGUUGCGGGUGCGCUCGGGGCGGCCGUCCGUCUGGAGGAUGAGGCUGGAGUGGGCGGAGGCGUGAGAACCGCGUUACUCUCCUCCCGAGGAGGAGCGCGGCUGCUGCUGUAGUCCUUUGCGAGCGCAGUGAGCCUGGACACUCACGUCGGGGCAGAGGCUGGUUGACUGGAGGGCCCGCUGGAGCCGGAGGAUUGCACUUCACCCAGAGACCAGCCAGCGCCCGUCCCACCUGGCCGCAUUUACGUAACCUCUCCGGAAAGCCGGGUAGCAGUGAAGUCCGCCGGGGUGGCCACCCGGCAGCCGUGUCCGGGUGAAGCUCCCGGGGCGGCUGGCGCGCGAUCUCAAGCAGAUGCGGGGUCCACAGGCGACGCAGCCACCAGCCGCCGAGCUUGCUAUGCCUCUGAGCUGCAAGAUAACCAGACAGCUCAAUGGAGUCUGAGCAGCUGUUCCAUAGAGGCUACUAUAGAAACAGCUACAACAGCAUAGCAAGUGCGAGUAGCGAUGAGGAGCUCCUAGAUGGAGCAGGUGCUAUUAUGGACUUUCAGACUUCUGAAGAUGACAAUUUGUUAGACGGUGACACGGCAGCUGGAACUCAUUAUACAAUGACCAAUGGAGGCAGCAUUAAUAGCUCUACACACUUGCUGGAUCUUUUGGAUGAACCUAUCCCAGGUGUCGGUACAUACGAUGAUUUCCAUACUAUUGACUGGGUGCGAGAGAAGUGUAAGGACAGAGAAAGGCACAGACGGAUCAACAGUAAAAAAAAAGAAUCAGCAUGGGAAAUGACAAAAAGUCUCUAUGAUGCCUGGUCAGGCUGGCUUGUAGUUACAUUGACAGGACUGGCGUCAGGGGCACUAGCUGGAUUGAUAGACAUUGCUGCUGACUGGAUGACUGACCUGAAGGAGGGCAUCUGCCUCAGUGCAUUGUGGUACAACCAUGAACAGUGUUGUUGGGGCUCCAAUGAGACAACGUUUGAAGAGAGGGAUAAAUGUCCACAGUGGAAAACAUGGGCAGAGUUAAUCAUAGGUCAAGCAGAGGGUCCUGGGUCUUAUAUCAUGAACUACAUCAUGUACAUUUUUUGGGCUUUGAGUUUUGCCUUUCUUGCAGUUUCCUUGGUGAAAGUAUUUGCUCCGUAUGCCUGUGGCUCUGGAAUUCCAGAGAUUAAAACUAUUUUGAGUGGAUUCAUCAUCAGAGGUUACUUGGGAAAAUGGACUUUAAUGAUUAAAACCAUCACAUUAGUGCUGGCUGUGGCUUCAGGUUUGAGUUUAGGAAAAGAAGGUCCCCUGGUACACGUUGCCUGCUGCUGUGGAAAUAUCUUUUCCUACCUCUUUCCAAAGUAUAGCACAAAUGAAGCUAAAAAGAGGGAGGUGCUGUCAGCCGCCUCAGCUGCUGGUGUUUCUGUGGCUUUCGGUGCGCCCAUUGGAGGAGUUCUUUUUAGUUUGGAGGAGGUUAGCUAUUAUUUUCCUCUCAAAACUUUAUGGAGAUCAUUUUUUGCUGCUUUGGUGGCGGCGUUUGUUUUGCGAUCCAUCAAUCCAUUUGGUAACAGCCGUCUGGUCCUUUUUUAUGUGGAGUAUCAUACACCGUGGUACCUUUUUGAACUGUUCCCUUUUAUUCUCCUGGGGGUGUUUGGAGGGCUUUGGGGAGCUUUUUUUAUUAGGGCAAAUAUUGCCUGGUGUCGUCGACGCAAGUCCACCAGAUUUGGAAAGUAUCCUGUUCUCGAAGUCAUCAUUGUCGCAGCCAUUACUGCUGUGAUAGCCUUCCCCAACCCAUAUACAAGGCUCAACACCAGUGAACUGAUUAAAGAGCUGUUUACAGAUUGUGGGCCGUUGGAGUCCUCCUCUCUCUGUGACUACAGAAAUGACAUGAAUGCCAGUAAAAUUGUUGAUGAUAUUCCUGACCGUCCAGCAGGCGUUGGAGUAUAUUCAGCUAUCUGGCAGUUGUGCCUAGCGCUCAUAUUUAAAAUAAUAAUGACAGUGUUCACUUUUGGUAUCAAGGUUCCCUCAGGCUUGUUCAUCCCCAGCAUGGCCAUUGGCGCGAUUGCAGGGAGAAUUGUGGGGAUUGCUGUGGAGCAGCUGGCCUACUAUCACCACGACUGGUUUAUCUUCAAGGAGUGGUGUGAGGUUGGGGCUGACUGCAUCACUCCUGGCCUUUACGCCAUGGUUGGGGCUGCCGCGUGCCUAGGUGGUGUGACAAGAAUGACUGUCUCUCUGGUGGUUAUUGUUUUUGAACUUACUGGAGGCUUGGAAUAUAUUGUUCCUCUUAUGGCUGCUGUAAUGACCAGUAAAUGGGUUGGUGAUGCCUUUGGUAGGGAAGGUAUUUAUGAAGCACACAUCCGAUUAAAUGGAUACCCUUUCUUGGAUGCAAAAGAAGAAUUCACUCAUACAACCCUGGCUGCUGAUGUCAUGAGACCUCGAAGAAGUGACCCUCCCUUAGCUGUUUUGACACAGGACAAUAUGACAGUAGAUGACAUAGAAAACAUGAUUAAUGAAACCAGCUAUAAUGGCUUUCCUGUUAUAAUGUCAAAAGAAUCUCAGAGAUUGGUGGGAUUUGCCCUCAGAAGAGACCUGACAAUUGCAAUAGAAAGUGCCAGAAAAAAACAAGAAGGUAUUGUGGGCAGUUCUCGAGUGUGUUUUGCACAGCAUACUCCAUCUCUUCCGGCAGAAAGUCCUCGGCCACUAAAACUGAGAAGCAUUCUUGACAUGAGUCCUUUUACAGUGACAGACCACACCCCAAUGGAGAUUGUGGUAGACAUCUUCCGGAAGCUUGGUCUGAGGCAGUGCCUUGUAACUCACAACGGGAUUGUCUUGGGGAUCAUCACAAAGAAGAACAUUUUAGAGCAUCUCGAGCAACUAAAGCAGCACGUGGAGCCCUUGACGCCUCCUUGGCAUUAUAACAAAAAAAGAUAUCCUCCGUCAUAUGGCCCAGACGGCAAACCAAGACCCCGCUUCAAUAAUGUUCAACUGAGCCCUGUAGAUGAGGACAGAGAGGAGACAGAAGAGGAAGUGCGUUUGUUGAAUAGCACAAUUCUUUAAUCUGCAGGACUCGUCCACUUUUUUCUUCUUUCAAAAAAUGGAAGAAAUACAAGACGAGCUUUUGCAACCCGGUUUGCAAAUCAUGCUGGGAGAACAGAGGGAUUGUUGGGGGAGGGAGAAGGAAAAGAGUGAGGUAUUUCCCUAACUAACUGGAACAGGAACUCAUCUCAUGUUGUUGUGCACUGUCUGCAUUCACUGAGGCUAUGCAGUGAACUGCAGGCUUGAGCCUCCCUGGAGCCUUCACUGGAAUCCUCGCAUCUGGCUGUUACGUCAGCACCACAGAGACACGUUAUCAGUCCCUAUUUCUGGAGGGAUUACUUUGAAUUGAGCCAUCUAUUAAGACUGCAAGGUCUUGCCCUUUUCUAUCAGAACUGUUCUGUUUAACUCAUGAAUUGUAUAGUUAAGCAUCACCUUUCUACAUUCCAAAAGAGCUUCUCUCUCCUCCCCCGCCCCAUCCUGAGCUGUAACAAAACCUCUUUGGUGUGUCCUUCUGAAGCAGUCCUUUCUCAUAUUGAGAUGUGCUGUGAUUUUACUGACCUUUCAUCACAAGAAGGGGAUGUUUCUUGUGCCAUUAACCAUGUGGUCUGUACCAUCACAAAGGCUUGGGCACUGCUGGACAAGCAGGUAAACUGUGUACAUCACAAAGGCUUGGUGGUGUACACAUGCCACUGCUGGACUAGCAGGUAAACUGUACCAUCACAAAGGCUUGGUGGUGUGCACACGGCACUGCUGGACUAGCAGGUAAACUGUACCAUCACAAAGGCUUGGGGGGUGUGCACACGGCACUGCUGGACUAGCAGGUAAACUGUGUACAUCACAAAGGCUUGGGGGUGUGCACAUGCCACUGCUGGACUAGCAGGUAAACUGUACCAUCACAAAGGCUUGGGGGGUGUGCACACGGCACUGCUGGACUAGCAGGUAAACUGUGUACAUCACAAAGGCUUGGUGGUGUGCACACGGCACUGCUGGACUAGCAGGUGAAGCCUGGGGGUGUGAGCGAAAUCCCCCAGCUUGUGCGCUGUGUGGUUCAGAAUCAAAAACAAACUUGACUCUAAAUCAGUUUUAUUCUUUCCUCUCAGACUGUAUGGAUAAUGUGACCUAGUCUUAUGCAAAUUUUCUACUUCUGAAAUUACUAUGACAGAAAAGUGCUGUUCAGCAUAAUUAAAGCAAAUGCUGCUGCCAUGACCGUGAAGGGAAGGAAGGAUUCUGUUUAGCUGUCCUGGUAUUAAUUGCAUGUUAAACACUGGAACUUUUUUCUUCAAAUUAGAUCAUUCUUUUAUUUCAGGAUGUUUCACUGCUGACACUGGAGAUGAACUGUAAUUCAUAACUUGCACUAAAUGUAUAUUUCUUUUCUUAAAAAUUUACCAUUUUUAUUUAUAUUUUUAUGGAUUAAAAUUUAUAAAAUGCAGAUCAGUUAAUAUUGCACUUAAAUAAUUUUACCUUUUAAUGUGACUUUUAUUUUCAUAGACUAAUUCUGACUUACAAAUAUGGAGGUAUGAGCAAAGCUUACCAAGGGCCCAAGGGUUUAAGAAGAGGUGGUCACAUCUGUGAUCCAGAGUACACUUGAUACCUUCUGAUGUCUCACUGCCAUCUCCGGGGUUAUGCCCUCUGACCUCUCCAUUCUGACCACAAACUAGAAAGUUGAAAAUACUAUAAAUUACUAGUAGUAGAUUAAAACCAAACUUUUUUUUUUUUAAGAAAAAUCAGUCAAAAAUGAAAAUAAAAUCACAAUGUGGUUAUAACCUUUGAAUCACUAGGUAGGUCACAGCCAUACCUGAAGUGUGCUCCAUGAUGAUUUGAAUAGCUAUGGUGCACAUUUUUGCAGAUUAGUUAUAAUGUACCUCAGAGUAUUUGGAAUUGUUAUUGGCAAUGUCUGUUUUAAUCAUGCUCUUAAUUCCCAACUGGCAAAGGAUGUUUAUUCACUAGACUGCCCAGAUAGUCUUCAAGUAUGCAUUUUUGAAAGGCAAAUGCAUUUGUGAGACAGAUAUUUUCUGAAACAACUGGCAAUGAGCCAUUUUUAAUAAAUGUGAAAUCACCUUAGAUCUGUAUGAAUUUGAAGGCUUAAAAGGUCAGGAAGCCAUAUAGAGUGAUCCAAAGUUCACCAAAAUUGUAGAUUUCCCAGCUGUGCUAUCUGCCAACAAUAUUUUGUCUUUUUACUCCUGUCGGCAGAUUUCAAUAUUCUUCGUUGUUCUUUGGCUAAAUAGAAUGAACUCAUUUUUAAUGAUAAGAGUUCUGUAGCUCUUAACGUAUACUUGCGGUACGGGGCACUGCUGUGGCACUAAUUCUUCAGCACGGCUGAUUGGUGCCUCAGCCCUUCUGGGUUCCAAGUCUUCAAAGGAGAAGCCAGUUUCUUUGUAGUGUGACAUGAUGAAACUGAACAUGACUUUAUUUUCCACAUUUCCUUUUAUUUCAUAUUCUUUCAUGACCCAUCUUCAGAGACUGACAUUUCAGGAUACAUAUUAAAGCAUUCUUUUUUUUUUUUUUUUUUUUUGGUCACAUUUUUCUAUCCGAUGUGUCUUACUGCUGAAAUACAUGAAAACUGCUGUGGUUUUAAUGUGUUCAGAGGUUUGAGGUUUUUGAGAUUUUGUUUUUCUUUUUUCUCUGCAUAAAGGUUUGGUUGAUUUCCAACCAAAUAAGAUAGUGGAUACCAUGAACUACAUGUGCCUAGCUAAUUGGCAAACUUAUUGACCAAUAUACUAAGUGCAGCGCCUUAUUUGAGUACCCUUCUUGAAAGGUAUGAUGACAAUAGGCAAGUGUGUCAGCAUCUGUUAAUAAUCGUUUUUUGGUUUUGGUUCAUGAAGAAUGCUUAGUUUGUUAAUCUGUGAUGUUGCCUAGAGCUGUACUUAUCUGUUUUUAUUUAUACUAGUAUAGUAAAAGCUGCAUAUCAUUACAGUAAAAAUGAUUACUGUAAUGAGUUAAGAUCUAUUAAAAUCUCUACUUCAA